AUGACUGCACAAACACAAUUUAAUGGACUGUACAUGUCCAUUGAAAAAAAAGAAACUCUAUUAAAAAUGACAAUCUUGGCAGUUUCAGCUGUACUAUCUUUUGCUACAAGACUGUUUUCAGUUUUAAGAUUUGAGAGCGUUAUCCAUGAAUUUGAUCCAUAUUUUAAUUAUCGUACUACAAAAUUCCUUGCUGAAGAAGGUUUCUAUAAAUUUCACAACUGGUUUGAUGAUAGAGCUUGGUAUCCUCUAGGAAGAAUUAUAGGAGGCACCAUAUAUCCUGGUCUCAUGGUUACUUCUGCAUCACUUUAUCAUUUACUGUCAUUUUUCAACAUAACAAUUGAUAUCAGAAAUGUCUGUGUUUUUCUGGCUCCAUUUUUUUCAAGUUUAACCACAAUUGUUACUUAUUUGCUUACCAAAGAAUUAAAGGACACAUCUUCUGGAUUAGUUGCUUCAGCUAUGAUUUCCAUUGUUCCUGGUUACAUUUCACGUUCUGUUGCUGGUUCAUACGAUAAUGAAGGGAUUGCCAUAUUUUGUAUGCUUCUUACAUAUUACAUUUCAGAACAUAUGUUAGCUCUUCUUGUGUUUGGACUUUGUCAAAUCCAUGCUUUCACUGAUUAUCUUCGAAGCAAACUUUCCGAAGAUGAUUUUAAAAUUCUAUUUCAAACAGUUGCUGUUUUUAUCAUUGGCGGAACUGUAAUUAUUUCCUUGAUCGCAACAUUAACGGGUAAAAUAUCUCCGUGGACUGGUAGAUUUUAUUCAUUGUUGGAUCCAAGUUAUGCAAAAAAUCACAUUCCUAUAAUAGCAUCCGUAUCUGAGCAUCAACCCACAUCGUGGAGCUCUUUUUAUUUUGAUCUCCAAAUUCUUGUCUUUUUAUUUCCUGCCGGUUUAUAUUUUUGCUUUUCAAAACUAACCGACGCAAAUAUAUUUCUCAUUUUGUAUGGAGUAACGAGUAUUUAUUUUGCCGGUGUGAUGGUCCGUUUAAUGUUGGUUUUAGCACCUGUCAUGUGCAUUCUCUCAGGUAUUGCAGUUUCCUCUAUGCUUACAAUAUACAUGAAACAAAUAGAUCCUUCCAAAGCAACCGAAAAAAAAAGUAAAAAAAUGGAAAAUAAUUUCGUUAUGAAAAGUCAGGUUGCAACAGCUUUUGUCGGAAUUAUGUCAUUUCUUCUUAUUUCUUAUACUUUGCAUUGCACUUGGGUUACUUCAGAAGCCUACAGCAGUCCAAGUAUUGUUCUUUCUGCCAGAUCUCAUGAUGGUUCCAGAAUAAUUUUUGAUGAUUUCAGAGAGGCGUAUUAUUGGCUAAGGAUGAACACUCCAGAAGAUGCUCGAGUUAUGUCUUGGUGGGAUUAUGGAUAUCAAAUUACUGCCAUGGCCAACAGAACAAUUUUAGUUGAUAAUAACACUUGGAACAAUACGCAUAUUUCAAGAGUAGGUCAAGCCAUGGCAUCUUCUGAAGAAAAAGCUUAUGAAAUAAUGAAGGAAUUGGACGUGGAUUAUGUACUCGUUAUUUUCGGUGGUUUAACAGGAUAUUCUUCUGAUGAUAUAAAUAAAUUUUUGUGGAUGGUUCGAAUCGGGGGUUCAACGGACAGAGGAAGUCACAUUCGGGAAGCCGAUUAUUAUUCUCAAUCCGGAGAGUUUAGAAUCGACAAAGAAGGAUCGCCGACAUUAUUAAAUUGUUUAAUGUACAAAAUGUGUUAUUAUAAAUUCGGUCAAGUUUUUACAGAAGGAGGAAAGCCUCAAGGUUACGACAGAGUAAGAUCAGCCGAGAUCGGAAAUAAAGAUUUUGAAUUAGAUGUAUUGGAAGAAGCUUAUACUACUGAACAUUGGCUCGUUCGAAUUUAUAAAGUUAAAGAUUUACAAAAUAGGGGACUUUAG